CCGUACGAGUCGAUACCAAUUUUUCUACUCCAAAAAUCCAAAAGUGAAAAGUAUGACCUGCUUGAAGCCGUGAAGGCGCAAAGCCUCGCCUGACCGAAUCCCCAUCCGGUUCCAGCCUCCCAGAACCCAAAGCUCCAAACUGAGGUCAAAACCGCUCUACAAGCUACAUGGAUUGGAUGCCUGGCUCUGGAGAUCCCAACGCUUGCCGGAUUUGAGAUCUGGUGGGUUUUGCCGCCUGGAUCCGGAGGAGCCGCCGGCAGUUUGCGAGGUUGGCUCCGUUGCGUCGCGGAAGCCAGAAGGUCAUGGAGUACCGCGCCUUCGACAGCAGCGUGACUGGUGAUGAGCUCCCUCCAGCAUAUCAAAUUAGAGGACCAAGAGUGCAUUUCAGUGGGAAUGGAAGGUCAUUAGCAGGCACACUUUCUCAGCCAAGAUCGCACAUCAAGUUGGAUAGCGAUAUACAUCAGAUUGAGCAACAGGCCUAUACUGGUGUUCUCAGAGCAUUCAAAAUGCAAUCGGAUGCCCUGACAUGGGAAAAGGAAAGUUUAAUCACUGAACUAAGAAGAGAGUUGAAAGUCUCUGAUGUGGAACACAGAAUGCUAUUAAACAUGGUCAAUGAAGAGGAGGCUGUCCAUAGAAUAAGGCAGUCAAGGCAGGGAGGUGGAAUGCAAUCUAGCUUGCCUCAUAACAGCAUAGUUGAUCACAACCAUGGACCUCUCAAGAGGCAGAAGAAAUCCCAUUCCAUGUAUUCACUCCCUGUGGAUCCCCACUCACCCGUAAUGCCUCUGCAAGCAAUCAUGGGCAACAAGACAUAUAGACUGGCACCUGAAAACACAAGACGGGACUCUGUCUAUCAAACCCUUCCAAAUCAGGGAGGUUGGCUGGCGUUUGAUGGUGUUAUGAAAGGUAUGGAUGGGAGAAGCGGAAGGUAUCAUGCGGACGAGUAUUAUGCUUCACCCAAUAACAUGGGGCUUUUGAGCUUCAAUCAUAUUGACAUACCUAAUACUGAAAGUCUUGUGAAAAAGGUGGAAAGCGUAUUAUCUGAUCCAGAUGUGUAUAGAAUUGAAAGGGCAAAGAAACUGCUUAUAAACCAAGAGCAGUCAUUGCUUGAUGCAAUUGCCAAACUCGAUGAAGCAUCUGAUCACGAAAAUGAUGAUAUGAUGCUCGUUGGAAGCCGGAUUACCAUUGGGUGACAUGGGUGGCACACCUCUGACAGGGGCGAUAUUUUGGAGUUCACACCUUUGACAGCGGGUGAAGAGACAAUGAUGCGUGAAAUGCUGUGUAAAUAACGCUACUUGUUAGUCCGGUAGGUUAGGUUCUUUUGGCAGACAGGCAAAUCUAUGCAUGCAAUGUGAUGGGAAUAUGUAUUUUGAGCACCAUCACAUCCGGUGAUGUGAUGCUGUUUCAUUUCACCUUUAAUCUGAGUAAGCUUAUCUGUGCUUGCCCCCCUAGAAAUAUGGGUCGGUUUCACUAGUUUGUAUCUAUGUUAAUAUCUAAGGAUGUCUACUAAAAUGGUAUGUUAUUUAAACUUUAUCAGAGUUGA